GCUCCCCUUCUCCGAGACAUUCAUUACCAGAAACCAAAACAAAUUUGGUGACUUCGCAUAUAUUCAUCAUCUAAUGGCAAUUUCUCAAGCAAUUUCUUCAACAUCUUCAUCCUUUUUCCGCAAGAAUGAUUUGGGACUUUCUUCUUUGUCUUCCUCUUCCUCGAAUUGCUCCCAAUUUUCAGCUUCAAAAUACAGGAAGAUGAAGUCUAAGAAGAUAGUUUCAGUCAUGGCUCCACAACAAACUCAAAGAAACCCUUCUACAACGGGCUCGGUGAAAAAUGCAAUGACAAUGACGGAGAAGAUAUUGGCUAGGGCUUCAGAGAAACCCCAGUUAGUCCCAGGUGAUAAUGUGUGGGUUAAUGUUGAUGUAUUGAUGACCCAUGAUGUUUGUGGACCUGGCUCCAUUGGUAUCUUUAAGAAGGAAUUUGGAAAUAAUGCCAAGUUCAAAUUAUCUGUGUGA